AUGAAGGGCAUGUUUCUGACUUGGAAGUUAUUAUGUUUUACUUGUAUUCUGGCACUGGUUAGACCAGUGCCUGAAAAGAUACCCAUAGGUGCUAUUUUUACUCCCGGCACAGAAGAUCAGCAAACAGCCUUUAGGUAUGCAGUUCAUCAACAUAACACUAAUGAUUCACAAGCUCGUUUUAAAGUAGAACCAGUUGUAGAUGUCCUCGAUAGCCAUGAUGCAUUUAAAACAGCGAGAGCAUUGUGUUCCCAGCUCAACAGAGGAAUUUUCACCUUACUUGCUCCAACUGCUGAAGCAACAUAUGAAACACUUGCAGCUUACACGAAUACAUUUCAUAUGCCAUUUUUAAGUCCAGCUUUGCCUCAAACGAACUUUUUCAGGCCUAUGCAAUAUGGCGUUAGCAUGAAACCUCAGUACCUCAGAGCAAUCAUAGACAUUAUUAAAUAUUAUCGAUGGAAAUCAAUAAUAUAUCUUUACGACUCAGAUGAUGGCCUUUUGAAACUGCAGCACAUUUUCGAGCUGACCACCGAAGACUAUAAUCUAGACGUAAGAAUAGUGAAAAGAAUCACCAAUGCCACCGAUGCCAAUGAAUUUCUUCGUGAAAUUGAAAACUCGAGCCCUGAGGCUCGAAAGCACAUUGUCCUGGAUUGUAAUGCCGAAAACGGGAAGACGAUUAUAAUCAACCACGUCCAUGAUAUUUACAUGGGGAGGAGAAAUUACCAUUUUCUUCUGACUAGCCUGGUAAUGGAUGAGUACUGGAAAAGUGACGUCCAUGAGUUUGGAGCUAUUAAUAUUACAGGCUUCCGCAUUAUCCAGUCCCAUAAUCCAGAGACGAAUCAAUUUUUAAGCACGUGGAAAACAUUAAACACAUCACGCUGGCCGGGAGCUGGUACUGAACAUAUCUCGGCAACUGUGGCCUUAGCCUAUGAUGGCACCAAAGUAAUUCUAGAUGCAUACAGUAGACUUCUUAAAAAACGACCAGAUAUAUUUAGAAACAAUUUUCGUAGAGGAGAAGUGUACAACAACGGCACUAAAGGAAUAGAUUGUAGAAAAAUUCCAGUCACACCAUGGGAGCAUGGAGAAAAAAUUAGUCACUAUUUCAGAAAGACAGACAUUCGAGGUAUAACAGGCAAUAUUAGCUUCAAUGAGCAUGGAUAUAGAAAGAAUUUUUCAAUAGACGUCAUGGAAAUGACCAUCAAUACAGACAUGACCAAGAUCGCUUCGUGGUCAGACGUCAAGGGAAUGGAGUUGUUUCCACCUAAGUACAAGCGCAUGCACGUGUCCACAGGGAUAGAAAAUAAAACUUACAUAGUUACAAGUAUAUUAGAGGAACCUUAUCUUAUGUAUAAGAAAGCCGAACCCGGCGACGUCUUAGAAGGAAACGAUAUGUUUGAAGGAUACUGUAAAGAUUUAGCAGACUUAGUGGCUGAAACUUUGAAAAUUAACUACAGCCUUAAGCUGGUGAAUGAUUCCGCCUAUGGGGGGCAGGAUCCCAAUUCGCCUGUGGGCUGGAAUGGGAUGGUCGGAGAACUCAUUAAAAAGGAAGCCGAUAUUGCCAUAGCCCCGUUGACCAUAACCUCAGCGCGGGAAAGGGUUAUUGACUUCACCAAACCUUUCAUGUCCCUGGGGAUCAGUAUUAUGAUCAAGAAGCCAAUGAAAAAGAAGCCUGGCGUCUUCUCUUUCAUGAAUCCAUUGUCUGAAGAGAUAUGGAUGUGCAUCAUAUUCGCCUAUGUUGGUGUUUCUGUUGUCUUAUUCUUGGUGAGUAGGUUCUCGCCGUUGGAAUGGAAGUAUGAGGAGCAAUUUAUGGGCCCCAAUGCUUCAAAUGAUUUUUCCCUGUAUAACAGCUUGUGGUUCUCUCUCGGAGCUUUUAUGCAACAAGGCUGUGAUAUCUGCCCCAGGUCCAUUGCUGGUCGCAUUGUAGGUAGUGUCUGGUGGUUUUUCACACUUAUUAUCAUAUCUUCAUACACAGCCAAUUUAGCAGCGUUUUUAACAGUGGAGAGGAUGGUCACGCCUAUUAAUUCUGCAGAUGAUCUUGCUAAACAAACCGAAGUCGAAUACGGGACUCUUAUGUAUUCCUCAACACAGGAGUUCUUCAGGAGAUCAAAGAUCACCGUCUAUGCCCGAAUGUGGGAGUUUAUGAACUCAAGAAAGCAUGUAUUCGUACCUUCGUACGAAUCGGGAAUACGGAGAGUCCGGGAGUCCAAAGGGAAAUAUGCUUUCCUUAUAGAGUCCACUAAAAACGACUACAUCAAUGAAAGGCAGCCUUGUGACACGAUGAAGGUUGGCCGAAACCUUGAUGCAAAGGGUUAUGGCGUAGCAACCCCUUUAGGGUCAAACAUCAGAGAUCCUUUAAAUUUGGCUGUGCUUUCCUUAAAAGAAAAAGGAGAUUUAGCAAGGCUAGAAAACAAAUGGUGGUAUGACAGAAGUGAAUGUAGAAAUGGCGAUAGCAAGGAAUCAACCCAGAAUGAGCUCACAUUGAGUAAUGUGGCAGGAUGCUUUUACAUUUUAAUCGGAGGACUCAUCUUAGCAAUGAUUGUGGCACUUUUGGAGUUCUGUUACAAAGCAAGACUGGAAGCAAAUAGAUCAAAAAUGAGCCUGUUUGAUGCAAUGAAGAAUAAGGUUCGUUUAUCCAUUACCGGCGACCCUAACGGAGAAAACGGAAGGGUACGGACUGGCUCUGUGUGAUUGCCAUACACUCCAACUCAAAAUAUGGUAACUGCGGACAGCAUGACAGAGCAGCUUCAUCCAAGUGACCAGACUGAAGUCUGAAAAAAUAUCAUAGAAACUGAUUCUUAUCUUACGUCCACUUCCGUACUACAUACAAAGAGAUUUGCGUGGGUAUUUAGAAAAUUUUAGCAAUAGAGACAUUGCAAGAAAGAUUAAAUAAAGUGACACACAUUAUAUAUUGCAAUUACUGCAAUAGUGACGAAAACAGAGAUUUAGAAAAAAUCUAGACUUUAUUUUAAGACUUCAUUUAUUAGCAAAACAUUUUAUCAGUGGAAGAUACAGUUACAUCUUCAUCUUUCGCCUUUAUAUAAUGUAAUGAACAGUUAGCUUCGUACCACGAAUGUAAA